AUGUCGAGCGCUGGCAGGCACAUCUCACCAUCUGAUCACAGGGAAGGACUGUGGCUUAUGACAGAGCAGAGUUAUUUUGUCCGUGGGACACAUCGAACAAGUCCGGGACUGUUCAGAGCGGACAUCAGCAGUUUCCGCCGUCAGCUGUCUGCGUACCCUGAUUCAUCACUGAGGAUGAUAUUCGAGUAUUACAGAGAUGAUCUGACCUGCAUCCUGGAGAACUUGGACACUGGAGCCCUCCUGAAAGAGAUGAAAUGUCGGAAUGUCUUAAACACAGAUACCUACCUGGCGAGAAAACAACACGAUUCCUUCUCUCACACCUUGUUAGAAGAUAUUCGGGAACGGGGAAGAAAAGCUGUGAUUGGACUCUGGGAAAGUCUCUAUGCACUAAAGACAAAUUAUCCUCAUCCUAAUUUAUCAGCGGCUCUGGAUGAGAUCACCAAGACAGGUGAGGGUCUGGUGGAGCAGAUUCUGCUGGAUGAAGACGGACACUCGCUGACUCGGAAGAUGAAAGAAAUUCAGAUGAAGCACAAACAACAUCUGAUGGAGAAGACUGAGACUCUAGUGGAACAUAGACCCCCAGGAACUACCCUGGAACCACAAAGAUCCCUCAUCAAUGAGCGUUAUGUGAACCUGAUUGUAGUCUCCACAGAUCAGUUCAGGAAACGUCCCCAGAAUGAGCUAAUACAGACCGGGGUGAGACAUGAGGAAUGCUUGAAGGAAACACAAUCUGGACUGGAACAUAUUUCUCCCAAUAGGCUGUUCAGAUGGAGCCACCAGUCACAAUGUGCACCACAUGCAGUAAUGGUGAGCGGAGUGCCAGGAAUAGGGAAGACCACACUGAUACAGAAGUUUGUCUAUGACUGGGUGACCGGAAAACACUAUCAGAGAUUUGUUUUUGCCUUCUCAUUCAGAUUCCGGGACCUUAAUAGACUGGGAGAGGUCAGCUUGGAGGAGAUGAUUCUUCAACAAUAUCCGUAUCUGAAGAGUCAGAUUGAAAAUAUAUUACAACAUCCAGAGAGACUUCUUUUUCUUUUUGAUGGCUUAGAUGAAAGUGUUCACCGAAUGGAUUUCAGAUUAAUUGAAUUGUGCACAUAUACACAUCGUAGAACAAAUUUUGGUGAGAUUGUAAUCAGUUUGGUGAGGCAGAGUCUUCUUAAGGGUUGCUCUGUACUGAUAACCAGCCGCCCAACUAGACUGGCCUCAGUUGAUACUGGUGUCUUCCAGAGAAUAGUGGACAUCAUGGGAUUUCUCCAUGGAGACAGACUGAUCUUCUUUAGAAAUUUAUUUGGAAAUAAGGAAUUGUCAGAAAAGGCUUUUCUUUAUGUGCAGGAGAAUGACACGCUGUACACUUUCUGUUAUAUCCCAUCAUACUGCUGGAUCAUCUGUACAGUGUUAUCGAUGUGCUUCAGAGCCCAACCAACAAUCACUGAUCAGAUGAUGGCAUCAUUGCCCAAAACAGUGACACAACUCUUUGUGACUUUUGUCUCCAACAUUCUGGCCAAUCACAACCAGAAUAAAGAUGGUGGUCACCCUGCCCGGGAACUGCUGACAUCUAUUGGGUGGAUGGCAGAACAUGGAGUCAUGAAUCACAUGAUUGUAUUUGAUGAGCGUCAUCUGGACUCAUUCAGUGUGAGAAAUGAUAAACAUCUCUUUUCAUGUUUCAUGAUGGAAUCUGGUCAGCCUCCUGAUGUGGAUUACACCUUCUUACAUCUCACUCUUCAGGAGUUUUUUGCUGCUUUAGUCCAUUUCAUGAACUAUAAUUCUGACAGAUUACAGAAAACACUUGAUGAUGCUGAAUCUUACAAAGAUGGCCAUGCUGAAAUACUUCUCCGUUUCCUCUGCGGUCUCUCAGACUCUUCUACUAGAUCCAUGUUAAAGUCUCAUGUGGGAGAAUUGUCUACUCCGGCUGCCAGACAUGUCAUCACCUGGAUCCAGAAGAAAAUGGGAAAAGAACGAGGAGACAAGAGAGAUCUUCUUAAUGUCUUCUACUAUCUCCAUGAGAGCAGGAAUAAGGCUCUGGUGUCACAAUGUGUUGGAUCAAACAAAGUUGACUUUUCUGAUGUCCCCCUCAGCCCUCUGGACUGCUCUGUGCUGUCUUCUAUGCUUCAGUCCUGCAGAGAAACAAAAGAAGUAAAUCUAAGUUCAUGUAAUAUUCAGAGUGAAGGAUUGAGGAAACUUGUACCGGCUCUUCACAACAUCAAGAGUUUGAGUUUGUCUGUUAAUCAUCUGACAGACAUUUCCUGCCCCGACCUGGCAUCUGGAAUAAGAAAUAACCAGACACUGAGGAUACUGAACCUGUCUAAGAACAAUCUGGAGGGUCCUCACUUCAGGGAUCUGAUGGAAGCUCUGACAACAAGCCGGAUAGAGGAAUUACAAUUGUCUGAAAAUCAUCUGACAGACAUUUCCUGCCCCGACCUGGCAUCUGGAAUAAGAAAUAACCAGACACUGAGGACACUGAACCUGACUGAUAACAACCUGGAGGGUCCUCAUUUCAGGGAUCUGAUGGAAGCUCUGACAACAAGCCGGAUAGAGGAAUUAGAUUUGGGUGCCAAGCGGGUAUUGGGAGAUGGGAAGGCUGGACGAUGCGCAGGCUAUUACUUCCUUUGCUCAUCCUUGGAGAUUGGCCCAGCACACUG